GGCGAUUGGCAACUGGCAACUCAGGAACUGCAUGCUCCAGCUCACUGUGCGUCGACAGCCUGAUGGACGAUUUCUCCCCUUUCUCUACCUACUCCCUGAUCCCGUCGAUCCCCUGAACAUUAUACCACCGACCGACUGUCAUUUUACUUCACUUAUCUGCCUUCUACUCUGCUUUGUUUCUUCCCUUGACGGCUCUUGCGUGCGCUUACUUUGCCCGGUCCCUAGCCGCCUACGCAAUCUUUCGUGGGUAUACUCCUGGCCGAGUUCUUUCAUGCUCUUAGGAGUCGCAUUGGCAUUGCUGCUGUAAACGGCAUUCGACACUCUUUUUCCCCCUCUCUUUCGUCUUAUCUCUCGCGAAGCCCAGUGCUGGUUUGAGUCUGCGCAUUCCGCUACCCCGGACGAACCGUAGUUUCACCUCCGCGCGUCCAACCACUGCUCCGAUUUACCCUCCUCCAGGCAGUGCAUCGCAAAAGUGAACACCGUACUACCCGCUACCUUCAGAGCUAAUCUCCGAAUUCGAUUUUAAAGCACCAGCUUCCACAAUGCCCGGAUUCGCAGAUUCCUUCUGGACCCCGGAUUACGCCACAGGGCUCGGGGUCCUGUACGGGAAGCUUCAGCAGGGAGUCGUGGAAAAUAAGCAGAUACUCACUAUUGCGUCGAUGCGUGCGGAUGCGGAGGAAGUGUAUAGCCAGAAGCUCGGGGACAUUGCGCCGAGUGUGGAUAGGAUGGUAGCUGGGUUCGCAAAGGAUGAUGGUGCGAGUGUUAGGAAGGCCUAUGAAGGUACUCGUACCGAAAUGGUGGAAGCAUCCAGGAAUCAUCAGAAGAUCGCGUCGAACAUCCGGGAAUUAGUCGUUUCGCCGUUUCGACGCUGGUGCGACCAGCAUGAGGCUCGGAUAGAGAACUCCCACGAUGACUUGCAGUCUCGCAUCAAGGAGCACACCAAGCAGGCGGACCUGGUGAAGAAGCUGCGGAGCCACUACUUCAACAAAUGCCGCGUGCUUGAGGAUCUGGAAGAAGAGAAUAAGCUUGCAUUUCAAGCGCCUGAAACAAGCCCCAAGGUCAAAACAACACCUAAGAUCAUCCUUCCAGAUAAUCAGGCAGAAGACGAAGAUCCGGUGGAGUUGGGAGACCGGGUGUAUACCCCAGAUGACUUGAAGAUGCUACUAGUGCACAUGCUGGAAAACAUCAGGAUGGGUGAGAUUAAAGUACCUAUCAUCGGUACCUAUCAGAACACGUCAACCGGUGCAGACAUCGUGGAAUAUACUCAAAAGUACUUGAACGCAACUAGCCUCGACUACGCUGAGCGGAUUGGGCAAGAUCUCGUCGACAACGGCUUUCUCCGAUUAGUCGGCAACAUGGGCAGCACAUUCGCCAAUAGCUCAAAGAUGCGUUACCAGUGGCGCCCGAAGACCUUCCAAAUCUCUGGUAUACCUGAGAAAAAGACACCCUUGAUGCGCGUGACCUCGGUUGCCUCAAGCGAAGAUGGUAUCGACUCUCCUAUUGCUUCUGUGUCGGAAAUGUUGGCGGGCUGGAACCCUCUCAACAACCCAUAUCCGAAUGAGACCCCAGCAGAGAAGCUCCGCAGAGAAGCCCGCGAGGCUGAUGAACGUUACAAGGCCGCUGUGCGGAAACUUGAUAUAAUUAGGUCCAAGCUCGAGGAGGAAAUUGUCGCAAACCUUCGAUUCAUGGAGCAGUGCGAGUUGGACCGCCUCAAGGCUAUCAAGGCUGUGAUUCUCGAUUUCUCUGGGGCCGUGAGCAACGUUAUCCCAAACCUUCAGAGUACCGUAGACCACAUGAUGCUCUAUCAAGAGACCAUCCAGCCACUAGGUGAUCUCCGGUACCUUCUCGAGAACUACAGAACCGGCGGUUUUGUGCCCAAAGUGCAGGCUUAUGAAAACUACUAUGGCUCCGUCGAAGAUCAAAUCUUCGGUGUCGACCUUGAGGCUAGGGCCAGAGCGGACCGGAAAAGAGUACCGAUCAUUGUGACGACUAUCUUGACCUACCUCGACAAUUGCUACCCCGAGUUGGAGGGAGACGAAUCACGACGUGCUAUCUGGCUUUAUGAUGUCCCUCUUGCAGUAACUCAUCGCCUUCGCCACGCCUUGAACAAUGAGAAAGGCGAUUAUUUUGAUGUGCUCCAGAAGUUUGAGAUUCCUGUAGUUGCCAGCGUGCUGAAAUUAUACCUUCUUGAGUUGCCAGACUCUCUUGUUUCUUCCCAAGUUUACGAAAUUGUUAAGACCAUUUAUUCCACGACUGCAAAUGAGACCACGGAGGAAGGACGUAUCAAGGUCCUUCAAAGCACACUUGGUCAACUCCGGCUCAACAACAUUGCCACGCUUGAUGCUAUUAUGACCCACUUUACUCGCCUGAUAGACUUGACCUCCGCUGACGAAGCCUACAUUUCCUCGCUCGCCCAAUCGCUAUCUCCUUGCAUUCUCCGUCCGCGCAGCGAGAAUAGUCUAACCAUGGACGAGCGUCACAGCUACCGUCUGAUCCGUGAUCUCUUCGCUCACAAGGACGCAAUUUUUGGCGAACUGAAACGUCAGUCAAGUGGUCUUGUUGGGACAGCGCCUCGGCCCCGCGCCAUCAGUACAGAUGAAAGCAAUCGUCGGGCCGCCAUGGAAGCCCGCAACCGUGCCAUCAUGGAUCGCAGCCGCGCCAACAGCCCAGCACCGCCUCGGAAGCAUCGGCGCGACCGCUCAAGCGGCCCUGACCCCGGUCGAUUCCCAAUUAACGUCUCCAGCGAGAGGAGAAAUCCAACCACUCGCAACAGCUUGGACGUCCCCAGCAGCGACUCCCCCACAGGCGCUGAAGAACUCUCCAACGUGAACAUCAACGCCACAGAACCUAUCUCCAACGGCGCCAAUUCUGAAUCCCCCAUUUCCACGGGCCCCAUCAACCCUUCAGACCCGUCCACCAGCCCUCCUCCAGCGAACCGAUCAGACGACUCCCCUACGCCCACCCCUACAUCACUUACAGAUGACAAGCGCGCCUCAUUCACCCGCUCCAGCGCUGUGCAUUCUCGCAAGCCUGGCCUUGGAAGCCGAUCUAGCUUUCCCAUCGUCCCUUCGGAGGCCGGAUCCGACAGCAAGCGAAGCAGUUUCGCUGAAAGCGAGCCGAAAGGUGUCACGCUGGAGGAUAAGCCAAUGGACGACUAAGCCCCUGGUUCCCGUUGAGAUCCCGUUCUAAGUUAGCGAAACCCCCGUGUUGCAGCGCCGUUGAGAAUGCAACGCAUUUGAGUUGCUGUUAUUUUCUCGCGAGUCUUUCUGAACUUGGAAGUGGUCUUUCGUCUUUUUUGCUCGCUUCAUCGUAUAAACCAUAUCCCUACAUUUUGCAUACCCUUCUGUAUGUCUAUUUUCUUUCUCUGUUGUUAUUUGCGUUUACAUAUGCUCCUUGAGCUGUAUAGCACGAAAUCACUACGAUCCUAUAUUGAUAUCUAUAAUGCCCCGUCCAUCGGCUUUCAUUCCCGUAGUUGCGGCGUAUGACUGUGAUGGUGUAUUCAAAACAAGUAAUAAUGUCUGUGUCAUUACAUCUACCAUGCUUUAAGUAGACGCUAAACAGAAAUGCUUGGUAGGAGAGCCACUGUGUGGGUGCCCAAUGACCGUUAAAAGACUCCGAUAAUGCUCUAGGUAAUGCAACAAAACAAAGUUAAAGGCCUUCCCCUGAGAAUAUUCUGCGAAGGAUGCCUUCUCCUGGCCCAGUGAUCUGGCCUUCAAUCUCUCUCUGUGAGACGAAGCAGACAAGGCUCUGUUCAUCCAAUGCCUUGUUCAGUGAAGAUCCGCCUGACUUUGAGGGGGCUACCGAGGACAUCUUUGAAUUCCGUUGAAGUCAAUGGGUGUAAGAUGUUGUCUGUCCUGCACAGCUUGCAAUAAGCGUCAAAGAUUUGUUUGACCGUUGGUGCCGACUGUUUCGACUUUGACGGAGUUCCGAAGACGUCAUAUUCUCGUCGUUUUCGAUCCAGAGCCAUAAGAGCACAGAUCGCCGCUUUUUGCUGAAGGUUGAGACAUUGUAGUCUCUGUGCCGUUCCCUGUCCGAAGACCGAAGAGGUGAUUUUAGCCACAUGUGCAAUACUAGCCCGGGGAGCAGUAAGCACCGUGUAUGGGACUACUGGCGCUUGCUUGGGGGAUGACGAGAGAUUGAUGUUUUCAACCAAUACCGUUCUCGACGGACUGUCCAGGGCUUGCUUCUCGAGCUUCUGUAAUGUUUCCUGUUCGAUAAUGUCGAUGGCUCGUUUGAUCAACUCGAAAGCCUUUCGUAGAUCCCCUGUUUGCGAUGCAACCUUCUUUGCACAUAGUUGAAUGGCUGCAGGUUGUACAAAUGGGAUGAAGUUGGGGUCGUCGGGUUGAUUGUCUGGGAGCAGCGACCGAAGGCGGCUUAUGAUCACAUUCGCAAUAUGGCUGGCGUUAUAUGGCAUGAAAGGAAGGAGUUGAGGCUUCAAAUUCUUCGCCUUCAACUGUGGUAAAGACCUAUCUGUCAAAUCAAGCGCAUUGGCGAUCCCAACCAACAUCACUUUCGACUCCUUCUGCAACGACCACUCAAAAAGUGAUUGGAGAACUCCAGUAUCAGCGGUCAAGAGGUGGUCAAUUUCGUCGAGCAUGACUAGGAACAUGCUGUGUUUCUUGGCCUGCUUUCUGUCAGGGAUGAACAUGCAUCUUAAUCUCUCGACUUCGCUCUUUUUGAACACAUCAUCAUCGUCACAUAGAUCUUCGAUGAGCUUGCUAUAGACAUCCCGUGCCGUUCUCAUACUUGCGCAGUUGAGUUGGGCGACUCGCACCAAUCCGAGGUCAAUCUCAUCCAGAACCUCCCUAACGAGGGCGCUUUUGCCGGUGCCUGGGGGGCCGCUAACGUACAUACACCCGCCCUUGAGUGUUUGCAUACCGCUCUUGAUGAAAGAGGCUAGCUUUUCCCGCUCCGUGUCGCGACCAACUAUUCGAGUAGAGCUAGCCCCCCGCGCAAAUAAUUGGCGAGCUUGUGUAUAUACGGUUUGAACGGUUGUCGGAGUCGCUGCUUGUCGUGGCGUACGGGGCGUGCGGGGUGUAAAAGAUUUCCCACCCACUUGUACUCGAUGCUUUGGGGUAACUGGCGGCGAUUCAAGCGCAUUCCUAAAUCGGGCUUUUGCUGGAGUCUUUACUUCUGCAACCUUGGCAUUGUCGUCUGACCCCGAAGUGACCGGUGCGGCAUUCUCGUCCGAGACGGGCGGCGCUUCAUUGCUUGGUGCGUUGACCUUAUUUUCCCGUUCAACCCUAGAUAGACUCUCUUUGAGUUUCGCGCCAUUUUCCUGUUCAAGUUCGUCGCUAAGUUUUGUCCGGGACCGAAGUUGGCGUGUUGGAAGCACUGGCUGUGGACUGUCUCCACGAAGAAUUCGAGGCGGUUGUGUUCGGCGCUUGCUCUUACUCCGUAAGGGUAAGGCUGCCACAGAGACAUAAAGCUGUUAGCAAGUCGGACACAACCUGAACCGUGAGGCAAGCACUCGUACCUUCCGACUCAGCGGCGCCUCGAUGUCGCUUUCCCAGUACCGUUGCAGCCAUAGCGAGAAUAGCGGAAAGAGCAACCAGUAAAGGCAACUAUAGACAAGCGAGCACUUUCCAAGCGAGAGUUGGCUUUGUGAUUGAAAGGGAUUUGAAGCGAUAUAAAGCUGAACACUACUUCUGCAGGGCAGAUUGGGAAAUGGAGGCU